CGCAAACCGCUGGGAGUGGACAGAGCCGUAUCCUAGCUUGACAAUGGCGCGCCUCGCUGUGGCGCUGGCCGCUGGCCUUCUUCUGCUGGCGGUUUCCGCCGAUGCCUCCCGCGGGCGUGAGCUUCUCCAGAGCUCCAAGGGCUGCCCUGCCCUGACUGUCAACGCGGUGGACUCCUACAACAAGGCAAAGGGCACCUUCCUCGACAGCGACUGCUUUGAUCAGGUUGGCACCAAGGGUUCGUGCGGCAGCAAGACCGGCGGCCUGUGCAUCUUCAGCAACGGCCAGAGCUGCUUCUACCGCGCCCGGGCCUGCAAGCCCACCGAUUCCCAGGUCCUGGGUCUCUUUGCCACUUGGAACGCCGCCCUGAAGACGCUCAACUCCAAGACGGUCGCGGCCCUGUACGCGCCCAGCGCCGUGCUGCUCCCCACCGUGUCCAACCAGUACCGCACCACCCCCGAUGAGAUCAUCGACUACUUCGACCACUUCCUGCCCAAGGGCCCCGUGGGCGCUAUUGACAAGUACGAGAUCCGCCACCUGGCCGACGGUGUGGUCCAGCUGCUGGGUAUCUACACCUUCACCAUGACGCUGCAGGGCAACGCCAAGGUGCAGGCGCGCUUCAGCUACACCUACACCCGCCAGGCCGAUGGCAAGUGGCUGAUCGUGGAGCACCACUCCUCUGCCAUGCCCGAGAACGAGGCGGCUCUGGUGAUGGACGCCUUCGUGCAGUGGAACGAUGCGCUGGCCACCCUGAACGCGAGCAAGGUGGCGUCCCUGUACGCGCCCACGGCCGUGCUGCUGCCCACCGUGUCAGACAAGGUCCGCAACACGCCCGCCGAGAUUGAGGACUACUUUGUGUCGUUCCUCAAGAAGGAGCCCGUGGGCGUUAUCGACAACAUCGACGGCAGCUCGCCCAACGUCCGCUUCCUGGCCGCCGACGUGGCCAUCAACUCCGGCACCUACGUGUUCACCCUGAAGAACGACGAUGGCACCCGCAGCAAGGUCCGCGCCCGCUACACCUACGUCUACAAGAAGUACGGGAGCAAGUACAUGAUUGAGGAGCACCACUCCUCGGUCAUGCCCGAGACCGCCGGCAAGGUGGACGAGUAAACACCACGCCACAAUGAGCCCUGCUGCCCUAGUCGGGAGCUAGGCGCGUGGCUGGCAGCUGGCACGCACGCACUGAGUUUGGGACUGAAUGACACGGUGGUCCGGAUGGCAGGGUAUUCCUGCGGUAUAAAAAGGGCUCGCAUAGGGCGUCCCGUCUCGAAGAAUGAAUGUGAAACUCGGAUCGUUUGGUGCGACCUGAGAGCUACAUAGAGUGCGCUGUAGAUGAGCAGAUGAGUGCGGGCAUUGUGCCUGUCCUGUGUUUGGUGGCAGCUGCAUGGGCUGUGGUAUCAUAGGUCCUGCAUGCGUGCCAAUAACGAUUUUCGAAGAAUGAGCUCUGACAGGAAAGUAGUGGAAGGAGUUGUUUCCGAGUGCGGGAGCCGCAGAGCCAGCAGAAGCACACUGUGUAUGUUGUGCACACGUGCUGCGUAAAUGAUAAGCAGGCCUGUGGCGGGAGAUUGGAGGGGUGAGGUGGAAAUGGUGCAUAAAUGCAGACAUGUCAUCUGCGCGGUACGGAGGAAGACCAUGCUAGGCUCACACAAUAAACAAGGCCGACGCUUAGCGCGACUGUGAAUGCCUGGGAGUGUGAGUGAUGGGUGUGUGCAGCGUUUGCGGCUGGGUCAAUGAUGCUGGGCAACGGAUAACGAAGUGCUUGCGAGUGAAUGCGAAUGCAACGGAUGUUUGACGGAGUAGCGAAGAUUGGAUUCACCAGAAUGGAGGGUGCAAUGGCCCGGGCGCCGAGCAGUGACAAGCAAUGGCUGUUAUUGCUCCGUAAUCAUAACAUCGAACCUUCAAGUCUGCAUCCUAGAGCCGACGCGGCGCAGAAAGCGUGUUCACAACUGGGGCACCCGCGGAAGGAACCUGAGACGCCGCGUUUGCCACACGCAGCCAUGCACACGCACCGCUGACAAACGCAUCAUGCGGGCAGUGUUGCAUGUAUAUGCCUAAGGACUAAGGAGACCAGGGGAGGACUGACAUGGCCUGAAACCCGCCACCCAAACACAGGGGCACCCCUGCCCACACUGAGGAUUGAGUCCGUUCGACACGAAGGGGACCCUGGGUGGCAUCAAAGACGGCUGCUGGGCUGCGGCAUCGGGCAGACCUUUGCUGGCUGCCUGAGAGUGACGUGGGGUUCAAUGGCUUAAGGCACGGGAGGUAGCAGUACUAGCAGAGGUAAGCACUGUGGGCGAGUACAACCGACCCUUCCCUCGCCGCUGUCAACCGUGGGCCUCGUACGUGCUGCUGACUAGGAUGCACAGAGUGAAUACGGAGGAAGCAUCAUCAGCAUGCACUGAAAGGGCCAUGCGCCCAUGCGGUGAAAGGGCCAUGCAGUGUUGCGUGGACGGGAAAGGGGCCCGGCUGGAGCAGACGUGAGCAGACAACGCGCAGAGAUGCGUGACCAGCGGGCAUGCGACAGCUGGAGCUGGAUCCAUGUGUGUUAACA